AUGCGAGCAGCCCGGCGGCUACUCUUAACCCUUUCAACUUGGAAUACCCGUAGUCAGACGACCGUCUCGUUCAGUCCUGUCUCGCCUGCCCAGCGUCGGGCAGUACAUGAUCGCGCGCAGCCAGGGACUUCUGCGACAUGGAAUCUCCAAGAGCUAUGGCGCGUCUCGAAAGAGACCGGGCCCCUUGUUUUCCACUUGCUCACGGAUGAUCCGUACAUCAACCUCUCCAUAGAGCAUUACCUGCUCACCAAAUCCUCUCCGGAAUCCCACAUACUGUUGUUCUACACCAAUCGACCGUGCGUAGUUAUUGGUCGCAACCAGAACCCUUGGCUGGAGACGGAUUUAAAAAGAAUACAGGAAGGUCUUGGGCCUGAAGAGCAGGUGUCGGAUCCGGCUGAGAAGCAAUUGGCACCGGGUAGACGCCAGGGGGACAUUGUACCGGUCGACCUCGUCCGCCGUCGCAGUGGAGGGGGCACCGUCUUCCACGACUCCGGCAAUCUCAACUACUCGAUCAUUGUCCCCAACACGAGGUCCUUCACUCGAAGCAAACAUGCUGAAAUGGUCGUGCAAGCGCUGCGGGCUCUGAAGACCCCAGCGCACGAGUGGCUCUCGUCCGAAAGCCAAAGGAGCGACUUCCCAAAAAUACGGGUCAACGAGCGCAAUGACAUUGUCAUGCAGAGACCCAACGCAGCCGAAUGGUUGAAAGUCAGCGGCAGCGCGUACAAGCUGACAAGAGGUCGGGCCCUGCAUCACGGCACGCUGCUCUACUCCAGCCCGUACAUCCACCGUAUAUCCGACCUUCUGAGAAGUCCCGGUCGCGACUUCAUCACCGCCCAGGGCGUCGAAAGCGUGCGCAGCAAAGUUGGGAACCUUGCCCAUACAGCAAGCCAGAAUAUGCGGGACAAUAUCCGAAAGGACAUCACCGAGGCCAUCGUACAACAGUUCUGGGCCAUGUAUGGGGAAGGCCAGCCCCGAGAACGUGGCGUCAACGAGAUCAUACUCUCCGCACCGGCCUCCUUGGACGAGCUCGAAGAGCAGAACCCAUGGCUCGCGCAGGGUGUGCAAGAACUCCUGUCCCCAAGCUGGAUCUUCGAGCAGACGCCCAAGUUCGAGUUCAAGAGCGGCAUGCUCGACAGUCACGAGGUCGACCUGCACGCCGAUAAGGGGGUGUUAAAGUCGAUGUCUCUAAAACGUCCUGUUCCUGGAUCGGGAUCAGCGGACAACCCCGACGGAUUGGUCUGGAGGCAGUGGAGAAAGGACUUUGGCAAGACUGCGGAACAUGGCAGCGAAGGUGAUGUCAGUGCGAAUGUAAAGCUCUAUCAGGUGCAAGAUUGGCAAGCGUUGCUGAAAGCGACGUCGAGCGCGGAAAGUGAGAUCACAGAGUUCGGUACCCAGGGUAAGGACGGAAGAGAGCAUACGAGUGGGAGUGAAAGUGUGAAUGUGAGCGUGAAAGUUCCGCCCACGUUGGUGCAGCGACUCGAGGCAGUCUUCCCUCCAUUCAAAGCAGCGAGGAAGGAUGAAUGA